ACCGAUCCUGAGACUUGACCCAGAUUGAACCGCGCCGCGACACUCACAGAAAUACCCAAUUCACGACCUUGCAGAGAGGCGUUGAGGGACGGACGAUGAUCUCGGGACCCUAGGAGAAUUCUAACAUUGGCAUCCUUCUGACUUGCCAAAGUGCACCCUUCACAGGCGAAAGCGGCCCAGCAUGUUCAUCCUGACCAAGAUCGCCGACCUGGUAGAGAUCGCGCCAGAGGACUUCCGCAAGAAGAGUGUCGCCGCCAUCGAGGAUAAUAUCAACGCAAAGUACGCGAAUAAGGUCAUUCAAAAGAUUGGCCUCUGCAUCUGCCUCUAUGAUCUGUUGUGGACCUCCGAAGGCCUCAUCGGCCAUGGCACCGGUCUUGUUAACGUUAAUGUUGAGUUCAGACUCGUCGUUUUCAGACCUUUCAAGGGUGAGGUUAUGUUCGGCAGAAUCAGAAGUUCCACGCCGGCCGGUAUCAAUUUGAGGACCGACUUCUUCGACGACGUCUUUAUUCCUUUCGAUGAGCUUCCCGAGGGCGCAGAGUUCAACCAUUCGGAACAGCUAUGGAUCUGGAACAUUGAGGGCGACAGACUCUUCUAUGAUAACCAUGAGAUGGUCAGAUUCCAGGUCAUCGACGAGGAGUGGCACGACCAGACGCCUGCAGGCCCGAGUCAGGGGGAGGAAGCUGCACCGCCCAAGCCGCCCUACAAAGUAAAGGGCACCAUGGCCAUGGAGGGUCUCGGCGUAUGCCUCUGGUGGGACGGGCAGGGCAGCGAGUAGGACGCGGGUGACCCUUGAUAUCCUUACAGAAACGUUUACCGGCAACGAUCUGGACAUGACAGGAUGAUAUGUGUGUUGCGGAGAUCUGUAUGAUUCUACAA